CCCGGGGAUCUCACGUUGGGCGGCAAUUGCUUAAUCAUGCCUGGUGCGCGCAUCAUUGUUCGGCCCUCCCGGCGGAAUCCGAAGGCAAGGUCGCUUCUAGCCUUGGGCAAAUACGUGGUAGUAGGCUCCGAUACGGUCAUUGAGCCAACGCGUUUCAGGUACCAUGGAGCCGACAUCUAUCUGCCGGGGACUAUAGGCGAUUACGCCAUCAUUGGGAUGGGCGCCAGAGUAAGACCUUAUUAUAUUGGCAACUUCGUUUCAAUCGGAAGGGACUGUGUCAUCGAGGAUAGGGUUGUUAUCCAGGAUGGUGCAUACAUUGCCAACGAGGUUGUGGUACCCGCAGGAACUGUUGUACCA